AUGGGUCGAAGAUCCGGUCGCGCCGCCGCUAGACGCGCAUCGGCUGCCCUUCAGAGUACACCACGCGCAUUUGAGGGCAUCGAGGAUGAUGAACCCAUGCCUGAUAUUCCCGAUGAGCCAGCAUCCGAACCCGAUGAGCCUCCCGAACCCGAGGCCGAAGACGACGACGACGAUGAGCAGGAGAAGGCCGACGAUUCGAACAACGAUGACGCCGACCAGGAGGAAGCCGCCGGCGAGCCUGACGCCGAAGACACAGAACCCUCUGUCAAGGAACCCACACCGCCGCCCGUGGCCACAGUCCGCCGCAAGCGCCUCGGCCGUCCUCCGAAGAACCGUCCGCCCGACUGGGACCCCAUGAUCACGGUGCCAGCCUCCGAGGCCGACACGCCGCGCCGUCGCGGUCGUGGCGGCUGGCGCGGGCGCGGCGGUCGCAAGCCUGGUCCCGGCCAGGCGCCGCUGAAGCUGCGCCAGGCCAUCGACAAGGAGGGCACCGAGGUCGACAUUGUCAACGACGAGUGCGUCCUGCCCGAGGACCCCGACGGCGAGACAAAGGUCGACAAGUCGGGCAACCUGCUCGGUGACCGCGAGUACCGCUGCCGCACCUUUACCGUCCUCGGACGCGGCACUCGCCUCUACAUGCUGUCGACCGAGCCCGCCCGUUGCGUCGGCUUCCGCGACUCGUACCUCUUCUUCACCAAGCACCUCAAGCUGCACAAGAUCAUCGUCGACGACGAGGAGAAGCGCGACAUGAUUGAUCGCGAGAUCAUCCCGCACUCGUACAAGGGCCGGUCGAUAGGAAUCGUUACUGCCCGUUCCGUCUUCCGCGAAUUUGGUGCGCGCAUCGUCGUCGGUGGCCGCCGCGUCCUCGAUGACUACCGUGUCGCCGACGCCCGUGAGGAGGAGGGCGUCACCGACGGCGACCUCGCCGACCCCAACGACAUGUACAACCCCGCCGAGCCGUACAACAAGAACCAGUACGUCGCCUGGCACGGCGCCAGCUCUGUCUACCACCAAAACGCCCCCACGGCAGCCGACCCCAUCGUCGGCAAGGUCGAGGUCAAGAAGCGCCGCGUCAACGUCAACAACACCAACUGGAUGCUCGAGCACGCGCGCGAAGCCAGCACCUUCAACACAUCUAUCAACGCCAUCCGCCGCUACCAAAAUCGCGGCAUCUACGACGUGCACACAAACAUGAUGCAGUACCCCUCGAUCAUGCAGCCGACGCACACGCGCAUCGAGCAGGUGGCCCCCGAAGACGAGCCCGCGCCGACGUCCGUCUUCCCACGCCUGCCACCCGCCGUCGCUCGCAACGCCCAGGUCCUCGACAUCUACUACGAGUCGGCCCCCGCCGGCAUGGCCCCCUCGUCCUCGUCCAAGCAGCGGCCCGCCGCCGACUUUCUCGCCCCCUUUGACGGCCUGUCUGGCGUCUCGGACGACAUCAAGGACCUGCUGCCGCCCGCGUGCCGCGCCGCCUUUGACCGCGCCGCCCAGCGCGAGGUCGAUUGGGCCGCACGCUGGGGCAACGAGACGGAUGUCUGCGCGCGCGGGCGAGCCCCAUUAUCGAUCGCGCCGUCGUCCCCUUCCGGUAGGUCCCUCGGGGAGACGGCGCCAGUUUCGGACAGAAUGGAACGCCAGCAAGACGGCAUGGCAUGCCUACUAGACCGAGUGGUACGCCUACUAGACAGAAUGGCACACCUACGGGGACCCGAAUGCACGCCCACGAGACCAAAUGGCACGCCUGCUAGACAGAACGGCAUACCUGCCAGACAGGAUGAUACACUACCAGACGCACGGCACGCAUGCGCCGCGGGAGACAUCGACGACGCACUGAGUCGGCGAACAGCACAAGCAACGCUCGUGGCGUCACCGUGUAGCCCGCCGCGAUCGACACUCGUCUUGGAUGAGGCGGCAACUACACACAGAGCAACGGGGGAGGGGAAGUGGGAGUUUAAUCGGGAAAACAUGCUUGGACUUUGGCUGGCGUUGGGGGUGUUGAUCAACGGAUGUGGGAAAACGGGAGAGAUCGUCGCGUCGUCUCCCCCGACUCAGGUCGGCACCCCAAAACUCUGCGUUCAGUCGCAUGGUGGUGUGUGUGUGGGAAAGAUCAUUGUACACUUUCUUCUUCUUUACAUGACGAUGGGGGGGUCGAGAAAGGAGGGCGGAAUACGGAGAGAAAUCAUUCUUGUCUCUUCUCGUGCCUCGUGCUUCGUCAUGUUCGCCGCGGAGUGA